AUGUCCGACGAGGACUUGUUAUCAUUCUCCAAAAAAGAUAUUGUGGCCCGGUUACGCAAAGAGGAGGCCAACAAGAUGACAGCCCUUAUACAGCGAGGACGUUUAAUUAAAGAUGUUAAUAAACAACUGCAGGAGCAUUUACUCGAAAUCAGGGAACUCAAAGUAGUCAAUAAUAGGCUUCAGGAAGAGAACCAAGAACUGCGAGAACUAUGUAGUUUCCUGGAUGAUGACAGAAUGAAAAUAAAAACGCUUUCGCGAGAGUGGCAACUUUUUGGACACCACGCCGCCAAAGUGAUGCGCGAUGACUUGGGUGGACAUCUGAAGAAACUGGCUGAUUUGGAACGAGUGCAAGAUGGAUUGGUAAAGGAGAAUUUUGAUCUCAAGGAACUGUGUGUUGUUCUGGAGGAGGGUUGUGUCAGCAGAGGUGAUUCCAGUCCUGGCGGGUCGUCCGAGUUGAGUUUACAGUAUUUUGUGGCCCGGGACUUUGGAGACGGAAGUUCCAGCGCUGGGAGCAUCGGUAGUCCAGAUCCUCUUCUAGUCUGUUCCCCCAAUGAAUGA